GUAGCUCUAAAGUGAAAACCAAUUUUCAGCAUCAAUCAUGUGCAGAGAAAAAUCAUUAUUAUGCUUCCUCCAAAUUAUAGUUGUUGUGUUACUACUGCAUCAUAAUAAUCAUCAAACAUGCGAUGCAACAAAUACUAAUAACCAAACAUAUUGUCCACCUUCUUCAUGCGGCAAAAUCACAAACAUACAACACCCCUUUCGACUUACCGAUGAUCCAACAACCUGCGGUGAUCCGAGGUACGAGUUAUCCUGCGAAAACAAUAUGACAGUGUUAACUCUUUUUUCGGGUAAAUACUAUGUGAAAUCAAUCAACUACAAAAACUACACAAUUCGGCUAUUAGAUCCCGGAAUUGAAGAGGGUGAUUGCUCCUCUAUUCCUCGAUAUUACUUAUACACUUCAAAUUUCACAAGUUAUAGCAACGACGACGAAGAGGGUGAUUGCUCCUCUAUUGAAGAGGGUGAUUGCUCCUCUUAUCCAUAUCAAACCUCCCAAAACAGAAUAAUUUCUGGAGAAGAUACUUAUGGUGAUACUAUAACCUUACCAAUGUUCCAGCACGUAAUUUACAUGAAUUGUAGUAAUCCUGUACGAGAUGAUACGGUGUUCGUGGAUACAGCUUCUUGCAUCAAGUCCAAUUCCCAAGGUGGCCAUGUUUAUGCCAUUUCUGGGGAUUUGAAGGUUGGUAACUUAAACGACGAUGACUGCCACGUGGAGGUUGUUACCACGAUAUCAUUUUCCGGCUAUCAUUACAGUCCUUACAGGUCUGUUUAUUGGGACAUUCUGAAAAAAAAGUAUUCGUACAGUGAAAUUCAUAGGAUGUUGGUGGGUGGAUUUGAGGUUUCUUGGAUGAGUGCUCCUUGUCAAGAUCUUUGUGGAAAACCAGUUUGCUAUUUGAGAGAAACCACUUGGAGUCUUGAAUGCUUUGAUCCUGCUGGUUAUUGUGAAACAACAUUGGGAUUUCAUGUCAGUUGCGGUGGAACUCUAUCAAAGCUGCGAGUGUUUGUUGAAGGUAUUUUGUACGGCAUUGUUGCAGGACUAAUACAUCCAGUUGGCUUGACAGUAAAUAAUGGAUCUUUUAAUACGCCUCAAUCAAAAUUUGGUAUCGUUAUAGGAACAAUCAUUGGACAUAUUCUGUUUCCAUUCAUUAUAGUGAGAUCUACGUUGGGUCUCAUAGUUUUCUUUGCAAAAUUGAUACAUACAUAUCGAUUAAGGCAUACAUCAAUCUAUGAAAACAUCGAAGAUUUUCUUCAAGGCAACUCCCUCAUGCCAAUAAGGUAUUCAUACAGAGAGAUAAAGAACAUGACAAGAGGUUUUAAGGACAAGUUGGGUGAAGGAGGCUAUGGUAAGGUUUAUAAGGGACAGCUACGUAGUGGCCCUUUGGUAGCCAUAAAGAUGUUGGGUAAACCUAAGGGUAACCAAAAUGGACAAGAUUUCAUUAAUGAAGUUGCAACCAUAGGAAGAAUACAUCACACCAAUGUGGUGCGACUUAUUGGAUUUUGUGUUGAGGGUUCAAAGCGUGCUAUUGUUUAUGAUUUCAUGCCCAAUAGCUCUCUUGAUAAAUACAUUUCCUCUAAAGAAGAUCAUAUCUUCUUGACUUAUAAGCAAAUGUACGAGAUAUCUCUUGCAGUGGCGCGUGGAAUUGCUUAUUUGCAUCAAGGUUGUGACAUGCAAAUUUUACAUUUUGAUAUCAAACCCCAUAACAUACUUCUUGACAAGGAUUUCAUCGCCAAAGUUUCAGACUUUGGUCUUGCAAGACUUUAUCCAGUUGAAAAUAGCAUUGUAACUUUGACUGCUGCUAGAGGAACAAUUGGUUACAUGGCUCCAGAAUUGUUCUACAAAAAUAUUGGUGGAGUUUCCUAUAAGGCUGAUGUAUAUAGCUUUGGAAUGCUCUUAAUGGAAAUAGCAAAUAGAAGAAGAAAUUUGAACUCAAAUGCAGAUGAUUCAAUGCAAAUUUUCUUUCCCUAUUGGAUUUACAAUGAAUUGAUUGAAGAAAGAGAGAUAGAAAUGUUGGGAGAAGCUACCGAUGAGGAUAAGAAAAAUGUGAAGAAAAUGUUCAUAGUUGCCCUAUGGUGUAUACAAUUGAAACCCAAUGAUCGCCCUUCAAUGGACAAAGUAAUAGAAAUGCUUGAAGGAGAUAUUAAAGACAUUAAAAUUCCUCCAAAACCUUCUCCAUAUCCAACUGAAAUUAUUCAAGAUCAUGUAACUAGCUCUAGUGAAUCUAUAUCGGAUGAUGUUGUCACUGGAUCAAUUAGUUUUCUUGAGGAAACUAUGGAAGAUCCUUUAUUAUAGCGUUAAACUACUAGUGAUAAUAAUUACUAUGGAUUUGGCUUUUAUUUUCAUUAAGCAUUUAAAUUUCAUAUUUACAGUUUUAC